GCUUUUCAGUCUGCUAAAGGCACGGUGGAUACACUAGGAUGGACACAGAGGAAUUCCCUCCCCCACCACCAGAAGUUCUAGAGCAUGAACCAAAAGCCACUGGUACGAACGAUGAAGAGGAGGACGAGGGAGAACAGUUUGACUUUGACAGUGGAGAUGAGAUACCAGAAGCAGACAGGCAAGCCCUUGUGCCGCCUCCUCCUGAUCCUGGAGAUAGUAUAGAGCACCAAGAGGUUAAUGCCGUAGCUAAAGGGGCUGAUAGUUUAGAAAACAGUGAGAAGUUACGAACAUCAGAACCUGCUGCGGAAGGCACUCCGGCCAAAGUAAACCCCUACUCAGUCAUAAAUAUUUCACCAAUCCAAGACAAGGAUCCAUCCUCCUCACCAGAACCAAGUCCUCAAGAUGAAUGUGCGAGUCCAAACUUGUCUGGUGGAUAUUCUGUUCCUGUCCCCUGUGGCUAUGCUGUGCCAUCUAAUUUACCUUUGAUACUGCCAGCAUACUCCAGUCCUGUCAUAAUACGCAGUGUUUCUGUAGAUGAAGAAGCAGGUACACAGUCAGCAACUGAAGAAUGUCAUUGUAAUUCGGUAAACUCAGAGGAGCCUCAAAAUAGUGAAGAUAACCAGGCCAAGAGAGAGGAUGAUGUUCUGGCCAAGUGGGUUGCAGAUCCUGCUAAUACGGCAUGGAUGGAAAACCCAGAUGAAGUAAUUUACGAUGAUGUGCCAAGAGAAAAUUCAGACUCUGAACCAGAGGAAAUGAUCUAUGAUGAUGUUGAAAAUGGUGAUGAUGGUGGAAACAGCUCGCUGGAAUAUGGGUGGAGUUCAAGUGAGUUUGAAAGCUAUGAAGAACAGAGUGAUUCUGAGUGUAAAAAUGGAAUUCCCAGCUCCUUUUUGCGAGGCAACCACAAGAGACAUCUUUCUCAUGACCUAACGCGUUUAAAGGAGCAUUAUGAAAAAAAGAUGAAAGAUUUGAUGGCAAACACUGUGGGAGCAGUAGAGAUUCAGCAACUAAAGCAAAAACAUGAGCUGAAGAUGCAAAAGCUUAUGAGAGCUGCUAGAGAAGGUACCAAAGAUGGGCUCGAAAAGACAAAAGCAGCUGUGAAGAAGGGUCGUUCUUUCAUUAGAACAAGAUCCUUUAUUUCUCAAGAUCAUAGACCAUCAUGUCUGGAAGAAGAGGAACUAAAUUUAUUUAUUGAUGUGGACUGUAUGCAUACAGAAGCAAUUAUGACUCCUAUGCCUGAAGGAUUAUCACAGCAGCAGGUUGUGAGAAGGUAUAUUUUGGGUUCUGUAGUUGACAGUGAGAAGAAUUACGUGGACGCUCUCAAAAGAAUCCUGGAGCAAUAUGAGAAGCCCCUUUCAGAUAUGGAACCAAAAUUAUUGAGUGAAAGAAAACUCAGAAUGGUUUUUUAUCGAAUUAAGGAAAUUCUUCAGUGCCAUUCAAUGUUUCAGAUUGCACUGGCGAGUCGUGUGUCUGAGUGGGACUCUGUUGAAAUGAUUGGUGAUGUCUUUGUUGCUUCAUUUUCUAAAUCUAUGGUAUUGGAUGCAUACAGUGAAUAUGUAAACAACUUCAGUACAGCAGUAGGGAUUCUCAAGAAAACGUGUGCCACAAAACCUGCCUUUUUAGACUUCUUAAAGCAGUGCCAGGAGUCAAGCCCCGAUCGAAUUACACUGUAUGGUUUAAUGAUGAAACCUAUCCAGCGCUUUCCACAGUUCAUUCUACUAUUGCAGGAUAUGUUGAAGAACACUAACAAAGGACAUCCCGACAGAUUACCUUUACAGAUGGCUCUUACAGAACUUGAAAUGCUGGCAGAAAAGUUAAAUGAAAGGAAAAGGGAUGCAGAUCAGCGCUGUGAAAUAAAGCAAAUAGCAAAAGCAAUGAACGAGCGUUAUCUGAACAAGCUACUCAGCAGUGGGAACAGAUACCUCGUACGGACUGAUGAUAUGGUUGAGACGGUUUACAGUGACAAAGGAGAAAUUAUCAAAACCAAAGAACGACGACUUUUCAUGUUAAAUGAUGUACUAAUGUGUGCAACAGUAAAUAUUCGCUCUUCCUAUGAAAGCAGUGGCACUGUGACAACUGGCCAGAGGUAUUUAUUGAAGUGGAGCGUACCGCUGGGACAAGUGGAAGUCAUAGAGUAUGGCAGCAGCGAGGGCCAAGGAGAGAACUGCAGGUUUCCACCCCAGCACUCUGCUGAAAAUGUCGUCAUAAACUCUAAGCCAAACAAGCUCUAUAUGGGACCAGGGCAACUGUACCAUGAUCUGCAGAACCUUUUACAUGACUUGAAUGUAGUUGGUCAAAUUAGUCAAUUAAUAGGCAGCCUUAAAGGAAACUAUCAGAACUUAAACCAAUCUGUAGCCCAUGACUGGACCUCAGGUUUACAAAAACUGAUUUUGAAAAAAGAAGAUGAAAUCAGAGCGGCAGAUCGCUGUAGAAUUCAGCUGCAACUCCCAGGAAAACAGGACAAGUCUGGGCGGCCCACUUUCUUUACAGCCGUGUUCAAUACAUUUACCCCUGCCAUCAAACAGUCUUGGAUCAACAAUUUACAAAUGGCUAAACUGGCCCUUGCAGAGGAUAACCUGUUAGGUUGGUUCUGUGUGGAAGAUGAUGGGAAUCAAAUCAAAAAGGAGAAACAUCCUCUCCUUGUUAGACACAUGCCAGUGAUGAUGGCCAAGCAGCAGGAGUUUAAGAUUGAAUGUGCUGCUUAUAAUCCUGAACCGUACCUCUCUGGUGAAAUGGAAUCAGAUUCCUGUGCCAUGGAACAUGGUUUUCUUUGGAUUGGCAGUUGUACUAAUCAGAUGGGCCAGAUUGCAAUAGUCUCAUUUCAAAGCUCCAGCCCCAAGGUUAUUGAGUGCUUCAAUGUGGAAUCACGGAUUCUCUGCAUGGUCUACAUACCAGAGGAGGAGAAACUGAAAGAGCAAAACAAGGCUCUUGACUGUGAAGAUGUUCUUGCAAAAGCUUCUAAUGUGCCUACUAUUUGCCUUGGCAUGGAAGAAGGAAGCAUUUCUAUUUACAAAAGUUGCCAAGGCUCAAAGAAAAUUCGGCUUCAACACUUCUUCACUCCUGAAAAAUCAACUGUUAUGAGCUUAACAUACAUGUCUCACUACUUGUUUGCUGGCUUGGUAAAUGGAAACAUCUCAAUCUACACAAAAGCGGAAGAUGGGACAUGGAACACGGAACCUCAGAAGAUAGUUAAAUUGGGAGUUCUGCCUGUUAGAAGUCUGCUUGUGAUGGAGGAGACCAUUUGGGCUGCAUGUGGUGGACAAAUUUUUAUAAUCAGCACUGUGACACAUUCCAUAGAGAGCCAUUUUGAAGCCCACCAAGAGGAAGGGAUGGUAAUCUCUCACAUGGCUGUUGCUGGAGUGGGGAUCUGGAUUGCCUUCACAUCUGGAUCUACGCUUCGCCUUUUCCACACUGAGACACUGAAACACCUCCAGGAUAUUAACAUUGCCACACCUGUUCACAAUAUGUUGCCAGUGUCUUCACAAAAAGCACGCCAGUGAAUGGAAAUGGAAAUUUAUUUCAGGCGUAGAACAUUAUUACAGCAAAUGUUCCAAGGGAGAAUCCGUUCUAAAAAUGAAAUGAAUUUCAAUUAUUUAGCAGCAGCUCUUGGGCCUGUUUAUAUGAUCCCAAUAAUGCUGCAGCAACAAAGGCUAAAAGACAGAGGAGUAGGAGGUUUACAUAAUAAAGCAGCAGUAAGGACCUUUUGGAACGAAAAGCAUCCAAAGAAUAAAUCAAGGACUGUGUAGUAUAUACGGAGGUUAGAAAAGAAAAAAACAAAGUGAAACAGAGGAGUGAAGUAGCUGUGUAUUUACAAAAUAUGUAUUUGCCUUUACUGAGGUUGUUUAGAACUUGUAGUUUUAAAGGCAACAGCUCUGUUAGUUUUCUGAAAUCCAACAGGAGUUCCUUAGCAUGCAAAAAUAACAGAUAAGUAAAAAUUCAACUUGUGUUGAAAAGAGAGAGAAGAAAUUGGUGUAAAAAUAUUGCUAAGAGUCUUAAGAAGAGAGAUUAGAAAGGCAAGAUCUCAAUAUAACUUUGAAGAAACUGGACUUCUUUUGCCAAGAUUUCAGUAGGGACAAAAAUAUGGCCUGAUAGGCUACCUGGAGAUGUCAUCUGUGUCUUCGUUUAAAGCAAUGUAAAUGAGAGGAAUGUCACUCUGUGAGGUUAAUGAGAUUAUUUUGUUGUUACACAGUAGAAGUAACAGGAAGAAAUUACUGUCACCAUCAGAAAUGGUUACCAUGAGUUACAGUGCUGUAUUUAAAGGGUAGCUGUAGUAACUAAUUAAGAUAGAGAAGUAGGACGUUCUCAUAACCUUAGUAACCAGUUCUCAUAGCAUUAGGUUUUCCCAAUUUUGUUCUUCGGAGAAGACGGCUUUAAAUAUCACUGCCUGCUCUCCUUGUUGUAAAGGCUGUGCCUCCUUUGCUUUGAGAGAGACAACCCUGCAGCACGGCGGGCAGGACAGAAUCGCAGAGGAACGAAGCGUAAGGGAAACGGCCCGGGAGGUGAUUGUCCUUGUGAUUCGGCAAAGUUUAGUAAUGUAAAAAAGCAGACUGUGUCUGGCAGAAUCUUUGAUCUGCUGGACGUAUCUUUUUAAAUCAGUGGCAGUCCACUUACGAAGAAUGGAGCUGGGAGGGCUCUUGCUUUCUGGAGUUAUGGAAAGUUUGUGUGUAGGAAUGCAGGACUGGAAAUCAAACCAGGGUCAUAGGGGCAACCGUGGGAUAGACAUUUAGUCCAGAGUGGUCCAUGGUAUCUUUGCUUCAUAUAUCAUCAAAAAUACUUCCAAUAAUGUAUAGCAAGCUUAUGUUCUAUAAAAAGACACCAAAAAAGCACAAUUGCCAUAUGAGAAAGGAAGAGAAUGGUUGAGAGGGAGAGCAUCAUCAUUGCUAUAGGUCCAGGUAACUAUUUAUUUCACUGUCGAGUAAACCACAGUACAGCAGACAAAUAUACACACUUCACUAGUGCAAUGCACUUCAUUUGUAGAGCAAGUUCAUGCUUGGCGUUUGUGAUCUGUAGUUGAAAUCUCAACAAAGGCAGCUUUUCACCAGCCUAUA